GAUUAUGUUGGCAUAAAUGUUGGACAUGCAGAUUACGUGACAGCGGUGACAGUCAAUAAUGGACUUGUGCUGGAUAAUUGUGGAUGAUCAGGAACGAACAUAACCUAACUUCCCGUCAAAUUAAUUGAGCGGAAUGAGCAAAAUCACCCUCAUUUUUUAAAAUUCUUUGCAGCAUUUCCAUCAUAUGAUGGAUUGCUAAGUGUGUAUAAAGGUCGAUUCGAGAAUGGAGCAACCGAUAGGAGGUAUAAACCCUUCUCAUCAGCAGGGGCAAAUUAUUAGAAGAGAAGAGCCAUGGUACGAUAAUAGAGGUAUUGAUGUGCCUCAUCAGCAGGAAAUUCAGGCUUCCUACUGCAAGUAUGAAACUGAUAUGGUUUCAGGAGGAAAUUUUGUAGAGAUGCCAAUAGCUGCUCAGUGGUGGCGAGAUACUUCGACUGUUCCUGCAAAUCCAUUACGCCCGGAUGAAGGACCAAGUGGAGUUCCUUCAUAUCCUGUAAUAGGUCACAUGGUGGAUCCACAAUCUUCGAUAAUUUUACAAACGGCAGUUGAAGAAGUAGUCCUUAAAAAAGGAGCGAAGAUGAAAAUGAAAAAAUUCAAAUCUUCGAAAGAGGCAAAAGACGCUAUUAAACGUUCUAAACAUCCUGAGAAGUGGAAGGUGAACGUUAAGAAAAAUGCGAGAUUGAGAGGGGAACAAUAUAUCGGUGUUGGAGGCAAAGUUGUACCAGCAAAAGUAAUGGGUCCUCCAUGCGACUGCAGAAUGCGCUGCAACGACAAAAUAGACGAAAUCGCUCGAGAACAGUUGCAUGGUGUCUUUUGGAAGACCUGCACUUGGGAGCAGCGAAAACAGUAUAUCGCCCUCCUCGUGAAAGAGUCGCCCAAACAAAGAACUCGAUGUCGUGGCGACGUCAAGUCGGAAAAUCGCAGACAAGUCACCUUCACCUACUCGCUGCUCAUAAACGGCGAUUUCAUGACUGUCUGCAAAAGCAUGUUCCUCAGCACAUUCUCCGUUUCCGAGAAAUUUGUGCGUCACGCGAUGGACAAGAAGAGGACUUCCCCGGGCGGAAUUAUCGGCCCGGAUCAGCGUGGUCGGCACACGCCGAAAAGCAAGAAGAGCGAGGCGGUUCGAGAGCGAAUUCGGGAGCACAUAAAGUCUUUUCCGACGGAAAAGUCGUCCGAUCCGAAGGAGCGCGGCCAGAGAUGGCUGGAGGCGGGUUUGAGCAUAGCCGGGAUGCACAAACUUUACGUGAGCAAAUGCCGCGAGGACGGCUUGCCGGAGAGCGAGAUUGUCAAGGAGAGCUACUAUCGAGAAAUGUUCAAAGCGGAGUUCAAUUUGGGCUUCAAGUCGGCCAAGACGAAGAGGGAUUUUGACAAGGAUCAAGAGUUUACAUAGU